AUGUCGGGAGAAGAGCUCUCGCAAGCAGCGUUCUGCCUUCUUUAUUGUUUUGCCGUAGUCUCUGACAGCGAAGUUGUUAUCCAAAGGCCUAUUGCUACAACUCCCCCGCGGCGUGGAUGGAAGGAAGAGCUCGUCAGUCAAAGCAGCAGUGGGACCCAUGUUUCCAACGCCAGCGGGAUCUCUCUGGGAGAAGCCAUCAAACAUCAGUCAGGGAUUAAUCGGGGCAUGGAAGCGUGGUACCAGCCGUACACAGAGAUCGACACCAGUGAACUGAUAGCGGCCGUCGGGAGAAGGCUCGGACACACCAGCGGGGCUUCCGGUCUGACGGAGUUUCCAACUGCGGACGGGGGUCUGAUCACUCCGAGCGAUGAGUCCGGAAGGCAGCACGCCCCGAACUUAACACACACUCCGCUACUGGAAGUUCAGGACAGCCGCCUGUCUCCCAACCUCCCCCUGCUGACGACAUAUUCCACGCAAGGUCGGACCUUCUUCAACGAGACCCUCUUCCAGGCCUUGGGGACGGAUUUUGCUCCUUUGAGGGGGACACCCGACAAUUCCAGCUCGGCUUGUGAAACGUCAAGACCCCUGCAGGCAAGCGAAGCCGUACGGGCGGCGGCCCACGACGUCAGCUCGGAUGUCGACUGCUUUUCUCUAUCUCAGCACCCGUUUACUCUCAGCACCGUGACCCCUAGUAACACCAGCCCUGGCAGUUGCUUGUCCCAGUAUCCCUUGUCUUUUUCCAGACCGGCGCCGACGGAAUGGGGGUACGACAGCGGAGAGCACCCGCCUCACUUCGUUGCGGGCACCGACGCCUUGGUCUCCGAGGACAGGAACGCCCAGGUCCUCGGGAUGCAGAAGUUGCUAAACCAGCCAUCGGCCACAUCUCUUCCCCCGGAAGCGCCUCGAGGAACCGUCCCAAGCCACGACCCCUUCCUUUUGGACAGCACCGUGCCAGCCCCUCUCCUUCUGGAAAUGCUGGAGCGAGAGGUGGGGCUGCCUAAGGACUCUCGAUUCUUGUCGUCUUCCGAGAGCUCUUCCUGCAAAAGCGUCUUAGGAAAAGAUCCAGAGGGAAACGAAACAAACUGGCUAGCAGAGAAUACGGUUCCGGGACCGAGGGAAUCAGACGCGUUCGUAGCGCCGCAUCGAGAAGGUGGAAGGAGCGCUCCUGGGCCUGAAUCAUCUCGGCCGUUCUCCGACUCCGAGGGAAAGCCCUUUACAAAUGCCAGUUUACCAGGACGCUCGCCUGCCCAGACUUUGCGGGCGGCGUUGGCAAACCAGGGGCACGGUGCGGGCGAUCCUGGCACGAUUACGGGGUGGCUUCCGAGACCUUUGCCAGACGAGCAGCAGCAGCAGGUUUCUGCAGCUGAAAGUGAGAGAUCCAAAGAAGACCGUGUUUCAGCUGGGGCCUCUUCUAGACGUAACACCCCUGCACCCUUUCAAGUCACCGUAAGCCAAGCACUUGGGGAUACCGACGGUAAGCGGGUGAACAGUGCCGCACUGGGAACUCAGACUGAAGUGAACAAAAAAGACUUAACCCUUUCAGGCUACAGCAUCAAGAGAGAGCACAAGAAUACAGGGAUCUCCCGUUCUUUCGCCGAGGGGUCAUUUUUCGGGUACCUGGCUCACCCCAUAAACCAUUCUACUCCAGGGAUUGCUCCAGCCAGAGCCCUGUCACAGAAGGCUCCCGGUUUGGCCCCGCCAGUCCAGUCAGCUCUUCAGCCCCCUCCGUUUUCCUUCUGCACGGAGACUUUGACGAGCUCCCACGGCACCACCCGCAUCCCUUCGGUGGAGAAGCUCCGUGGGCUGUCCGGGGACGGCACCCUCCUGUCUUACACCGAGGAGCCUCCCACGCUCCGUAGCGAUCAAGAAGCCGGAAUCGGGAACAGCGAGAGCCUCCAGGCCCCGCAUCCCCUUAGAGGCAAAAUCCAGUCUCUGCCUUCUCUUAACUUCAUGGAGAAAGUCGGGGUGUGGAACACGAGCCGGUCGGCCGAGAAGAUGUCCGAUGCGCUGGCUUUGCAGAGCUCGAGCAGGGAUCCCCCCCGGCAGAAGGCCUACAGCGCCAUCACGGAUCCCUUAAACCACAUUUUGCUGAAACAGCAGAGCCAAUCCGAGCGGCGGGAGGGCCCGGCUGCUUCGCUCGCUGCAAGUUCCGUGGCCAGCUUGUGCAGCCUUGAUAAAAAGCCACCGAGCGCUUUCCCGCUGACCCGGUCUCGGUCUGAAAACUCCGUGAUCGCCGUCGGCCAAGAGGUUUCGAGGGCCGACGCCGGGAAGGAAAUAGAGCAGUCCGAGGACCCCCGGCCUGCUCACAAGAAGGACACCGUUUUGGAGCCCCCGGCGGCAAAGCGAAACGACGCCGAAGCAGAGGACCUGCAGGCCCAACGCUACACAGCCGUCCUUGUGUCCACCGUCUUAAGCGACGAGGAAACGGUCGAUAGUGUCGGCGGAGAACAGGUUCUGAAACGCUUCAUCACCAGCGAGAGGGUGGCUGAGCUGCUCCGAGAAGAAGCUGCCUCUCCGAGCGGCGACCCAGGAAAGACCGGUGGCCAUUGGGGCGACGCCGGAGUGUCGCCAUGCGCUCGUCUCAGCGCCAGCCAGCUCAGCAUGGACCAUUUCAGUGACGUUUCACCCGACAGCCUGAACCAAGUAAGCAGUUCCGUGGCAAGCAGCUGUGUCGACAUGAGGCUUUCUCCAAGACAGCUUUCCCUUCUUUCCGGGGAGUCACGUAUCAGUUUGGAAGAGGCCUCGGGGACCCGGUCUCCCUUGCCGAAGACUCCAGAUGAUGGGGAGAUCGAUAUAGAAGAGAGAAUACCGGUGUACCUCCGUAAUCUGGGCAUCGAUCAGUCACCUUCGUCCAUCCUGACUCCCUUCCUGCCCAGAGGGCCCAUCCGGGAAAUAGAAUUCUCACCAUCGGAGCUCCGAAUGAUGAAGGCCUCGACUGAUGCGUUCAGGCAAGGCUUUCAGGCAUCAGAAGGAGACUCCCGCUCCGUGGUAAACGUCACACAGUCAACUUUAAACUCUUCCGCUCACAGUGUACCUGUCCCUGCGGGCUCGGACGGCAGCCCCGAGACUUCCCUGCUCGCAGGUCUCUUGCCAAAGCCUUCCAGAGACCUGCUCGGCCAGGGCGAUGCAGAAUGUCACCCGGGGGCGCCACAUGCUCCCACCCCCCACCCUCCAGAGACCUUUCCCAAGCUUCCGGCCGUACCCCAGCUGUCAGAAUUGGGUCAAGAGACCCCAGAAGUUCCAGCUGCCCUCGUUAGCGCUGAAGAAGGACCCACAAGACGCGUUCAGGUGCUGGCGGACAGAUCGAGUCCAAAGGAAUUCGGAGCGGGUCAAGAGAAACGGCCCUCUGCCUCUUUUUCUGAAGAAGAGGAUCAGACGAGCCCGCGCGAAGAACCUCGUUCUUUACACGUCAGUUCUUCCGAGGAGGGAGAGAGGAAUCCUUUCUUGAGGUCCAAAACCCUGAAAGAGAUCCAGGAACUUUGGGCUCAGGCAGACGCUGUGAGUUCGCGCCAGUUUCUUCCUAUCCCCUCCGUCCCCUCCUCCAUGGGCCUGGGGAGUUCCUUUACGAGGACGGCAAAGACAGAAGACUGUGGAGCUUUCGGGUCCAUCCAGGAGAACAGCCCUGUGCUUCAGAGAGUAUGGUCGUGGGAUGAAACCCUGGCCAGGCAGAAUAUUCACGAGGACGCUUUGCGAACCAAAACCCUUAGCUUCGCAGGGAGCUUAAAAUGGGGAGGGACGCAUUCCGGAGACGUCAGCGGCAAUGCACCGAUAGCGGCAGAAGAGCCGAUGGCAUCAACGCAAGAAGAGAGGCGGUUGAAGUCUCCAGGAGCAGCUUCCCAAGGAGAGGGGCUGCCGAAAUCUACUGAGCGAUCAGAGCCGGAAGGUUGCAAUAGUGCAGCAGGAGCGAGAAACCUGCCUCUUAACGACCCUCUUCUCUUAAAGAGCUUUACGGGCUCUCCCAAGGAGUCACAGGCCGCUUCUGCCACCGAGCCCUCGAGCGGGAUCUCCGUUAUUUUGGAGGGCUUUCAACAAAUCUUGGAGAAGAUAGGGGAGGCCGGCAGUAAAGGGACCAGUAGCGUUCCUGGAAGCGAAAACAGCAGCAGCCUGGACUCACUGGGCAUCAGAGUGAAAAGCGUCUUGCGCGGUGACCGUCGGGUAACCCAUGCGGCGCAGUGGACGGAAGGGGGAGACCGGGACGGGCACGGACGGAAGCAAGCCUACGUGGAUCACGGCUUGUCUUUUGGCAGAGAGAACACCAAUGCCCAAGAAAGCGAGGGCAGCAGCAGCGCGGACUCUAUGGCAACCCGGGUCAGAACCCUGCUGGAAAAGGAGCAGCCCGUGAAGCACGCGGCCCAGAUCCUGCAGCGAGCCGAGGAGGAAGAGAGGAAAGCGCUCCUGCAGGUGAAACUGAAGCUGGCUGCUGAGUCCUCAGACUCUUCGUUUGACCUAACCAGAGAAGACCGGCGGAAGAUUGAGGAGAUCAAGUCAGAACUGCUUCUGAGUGACAAAGCAGAAAUUCAGGAGCGACUGUGGGGGAGCAGCUAUGGAGGAAUCUCCGGUCCCUUUGGGAAGCCAGAGGUGGGGGGGCGCUCAAUGGUUCCAGGAGACUCUGAACCAAUCAGGGGGAUCCCGAUGCCCAACACGCACUUUGCUACGUUUCCAGUUCAGGCCCGACCUGCGUGUGGAACUGAUUACACCCUUCCGAGGGACUCUGAACUCAAGCCUUCGAACAGCGUCCAGAGUUCCACCUGCGCCCAGCCUCAGGCACACACAGAUGAGCCCGUGGAUUCCAGCCCCGGUUUCCAUGGCCACUGGGCUCCGGACAGAGGUGCGUGUCUGUCAGCAGGAGAGAAAGGGAGCAUCUCAGCCGAGGCCGGAUCAGCCGCAGGCAGCUCCCCCUCAGAAGCGGCCAAGCAAAUCACCUCCAUCACUUUUGCAUCGCGGAAGCGGUCUCCCCCGCCGCCACCUGCUUCCCCUGUGCCCUCCGCGGGCCUCGCUGGAUCCGUCCCUCACGAUCUGGUACGUUUGGAAGCCAAAUCAUUUGGCAGGGAACAGCUGGGGCCUCGCGGACAGCUGCCGGAUGCUCUUAACCCCUCCGCUCCUGCAAGCUCGGCAGCCGCUUACCUGCGAGAGGAUGUUGGGUUUUCUCCAGGGGGAGGCAGUCAACCUGUGUCCCUUGUUGUCAGCGGGGACGAGUCUUCUAAAAGAAAAGGCACUGCGUUGGAGGAAAAUGCCCAAACCAACCCUGUUGAACAGAAGGCCCGUUUUGUUACAGAGAACCACGAAAAAGCAGUGGUAACUUCUCACAUUUUUACUGGGCUGAGAGGAAACGACAGGCCUUUGGUUGGUGGCCAUUUUGAGAAAGUUGACCCGGGAGGAAAGAUGGCCGAUUGGCCCCCUUCCAUGCACCUGCCGCAACGAGCAACGGAAAAAGAUUACACCCAGGGUGGAUUUUCAGGGUCCUUUGGAAGCUCUGGACAUGAUUUGAGUAGUUUGGGAGAGCCUGACGCCAGGGAGAGCGUUCUGUCGCCCUCUUCCUCCCCGGUUCGCGUUUCGGUUGUCAUGCCAUCUCCGUCGUCACCAACCCGGAAAGCCCUGUCUGGAGUCCACAUCACUCUCUCGCCAAAACACAUCGGCCCAGAUUUUCCAAGCCCAGCAGCCACAGAAGCGGAAAUGAGACGGGGUGAUGUGUCUAAGUCCGGGUCUCACCCAGUAACUUCAGGUACGCCAAGCCUCUUGUUAGAACCUACCUUUAAGUUAAAGGCCUCCGAACUUUACCCGCCGUCCCAAGACUCUGCGUACUUCCCGAGAGGGGCGUCCUCUCCGGGCCCGUGCUUCAGCCACCUCCGUAGUUCAGAAGUAGCGAAUGUAGCUCCAUGCCAGAGUCAGGAACUGUUGGGAAACAGACCGAGUUGUUCAGUCCCAGGUCAGGAAAGCACUGGUGUUCCGGGCUCAGGCGGGCAGGACGGAGAAAGGUACGGCAAGGUUACGGUUUCUUCCCAGACGGAAAGUCUCACGUCCGAUGCCAUCACUCAGAUAACCACUGAAAGCCCUGAAAAGACUACCUAUUCUGCAGAGAUAUUCGUUAGCGAUGAUGAUGGAAAACUCAGCGCCGGCAGGUCGUCUCGCUGGCAGAGUCACGAAAUCCCGCGCCCCGCCCCCUCCGCUCUGGACGAGGUCUCCGUUUUGGACAGACACGCUGGUAAGCCUCACUUGCUGCCGUAUAAGCCACCUGGGAGCUCCGAGAUGUACUAUGUCCCGUGUCCCAAGGAAACGCUCCGGCUGUCCCGCGUCAGGUCCGGGACCACCGUGGAGAGUUCCCACUCAGGAUCGAACGAUGCCGUCCCUCCGGAAUUUCCAAGCCAGCUGCUCGGCUCAAGGGACGAGAGCUCCCAGGAUGGCGUGGCCAUCAGGCACAAAGAGGGCAUCUACAGCAAAAGGGCUCUGCCCAAGAUUGCUUGGGCAGAAGGGAAAGCGGCCGCCCAGGAUCGCGUCCAAGAAAGCGCCAAAACCAGAAGUUCCUUGGAAUCUGUUGAAGCUGCCCAUUCGGUCUUCCGAUCUUCCCAGUUCUACCUGCACCCUCCAAUGCCUCUGCAACACGAAAUUGACUUCCACGCUGGGAGUGAGGCCUUGGAACAGUCCACGGGGAAGGAGCGCCCAGGGUCCCCGUCGAGACACUUCUUCCAAUAUAAGGGAACGUCGGAGAGGAGCCAGCCCCCUUUCUCUCUGCAUCAACCCGCCGGGGAGCUGAGGUUUUCCCCGCUGGUCCCUGAACUGGAUUACAGUUCGAUUCAGGAGGUGUCGGGCACGGAGACUCGCAAGAGAGAGACUCCAAGAAAGGAAGCCCAACCCAAGGCCACGAAAGCUAGGCACCAAGCAGCCAAAGAACUCCCCCUUCCAGGCAGCCAGAGGAUUCAUUUCAAAGAGCGACAAGCAGCUGAGCUUCCCCACGGGCCAACCGUUCAUUUCACCGACGGCUUGGAUGAACUCUGGUCCAAAUACUUAGAGCGUCGCCAGCAGGAACGGCACCCCGGCAACAACGAGCUCUCUCUCGUCGAGCGGCUCGAUCGCUUGGCCUGGCUCCUUCAAAACCCCGCUCGGCGUUCGCUGGCUCCCGCAAACGAGGAGCAGAGCGACGUCCAAGAGAAAGGGAGGCGAAGAGAGCCAAAGAGGAUCAGAGCCCACGGAAAACCCCAGGAGAGCAAAAGUAAUCCGGUAGCCCAAGCGGAAGGGAAUCACGACACCGCUGACGAUCUGAGCCUCCCGAGAGAUACUAAAGCUGCUGCCCUCCCUCACAGAGUCUUGGAACCAGGUCUGAACUCAGAGACCCCCAGCGACAUCUCUUCAGAAGCAAGGCCUGGCAAAGGCUCCAGCGUGUUAACAGACCUCAGCGCCUCCGAAUCGGAUGCGGCGACCCAAGAAGAGGCCACCCCUCCCACCGAGGCGAGCGUCUCCGUUUCCAGCAUCGACACCGCCCGGCUGGUGAGGGCUUUUGGGCACGAGAGGGUGUGCGCGUCUCCCAAACUGUCCCAGCUGUACAGCACCAUCCACCUGCAGAGGAGCCAAUCCGAAAAGCGGGGCAAGGGGAGCAGGAGAGGCCCAGGAGCAGAGCCCCCGAAGACGGCUUGGCCCGAGCACAAGAGGAAGGGCACUCAGGCCACGUACCCUGUCAGUUCCUCGGACUCCGCUUCUACUCCCGCUGCCUCCCGAGGACCCAGCUCUGCUCUGAGCCACAAACGAACCACGCGGAUGUUAAACAAGGCUGUGCAGGCAGGAGACUUCGAGAUCGUGAACAGCGCGACUAGGAAGCACACCCGAGACGUCGGCUUGACCUUCCCCACACCGCCGGCCAGCCAGACGAAGCUGCGGGGAGAUCGCUGGGACGGAAGAGAGGAGAAGUUAACAUGGGCAGAUGGGCCGCUCUCAGGAAGCAAAGGCAAACACAGGAAACGGCCGAGUGGCUGGGCUGCGGAGAGGAGGACAGCGAGGGACAAGCUGAAGUGGCUGGAAGGAGUUUCCUGGUUUGUUCCCGCAGAGGAGUUAAAAUCCGAUCCCCAGAAAGGAACCGGAUCAGGUGCUGUUCCCAAACCUGGCCCCUCCUGGUUUGAACCGCUAACGGGCACCAAGCCGUGGCGGGAGCCUCUCCGCGAGAAGAACUGGCCAGAGGACCUCGGCGGCCUCCAGGCGCGCUUGGCGGCUCCAGCGAGAGACGCAGAGAACAAGCCGCCACCUCCUCGUGCGAAACUGUCGCUGCAGGAGUCUCUCAUUCUGCACCGUCCCGACUUCAUUUCCCGCUCCGGGGAGAGGGUGAAGCGCCUGAAGCUGAUCAUGGAACAACGGAAGCUGCGGAGCGUUCUGCAAAGCGAAAGGGACCAGUUGUCCGGUUGCCCCGAAAAGAGGAGGGUUUAUCAGAACGGCCUCGUGUCCAAUGGAGCCUUUCAAGCCAUCCGAAGAGCCAGGUUGAUAUCCAAGGACGAAAUGGUUCAGCGAUCCAAACGGAUCUACGAACAGCUGCCGGAGGUGCGGAAAAGACGAGAAGAGGAAAAGAGAAAAUUGGAAUAUCUGACCUACAGAAUGAAAGCCCAGCUUUAUAAAACGAAAAUCACCAACCGCGUCUUGGGAAGAAAAGUACCCUGGGAAUGAUGUUGGACCCGCCCCCCGCCUUCUGUGUCAAUAAAGUCUGUGGCAUACAGCGGAAUUUUCAUCAAAUUUUCCUGUGUAAGCAGAAAGCUCUGUGUGAAUAGAAUACUAAAGGCAAGUUUCCAGUUAUGCAGGACAAAUUUAAUGCAUUUCAGGUCACAUUCUGCCGUGCCCUCCUAUCUAACAUAACACGGCUGUUUGCUGUGGAUUGGAAAGCCAGCGAUUUCGCGAAGAUUUUUUUAAAACAAAAAACAAAUAAUACGUUUCUGAUAAACUUUUUUCAGUAGCGUGCCUCUCUGGCCCCGAAGAAGGUGGCUUUUUUAAAAAAAACCAAACAAAUAUAAAUUAAUUCUAAAUCAGUGGUUUGCGUGCAGCAUUUUUUUUUUCUUUUUAAAAAUGUAUUUAUUUUUUUGAUACUUCAAUUGGGGGAGUUUUUGUACUGUUUCUAGCGAAAAACCUUUCUGUGUGUGUGCUUUUUGUUUUGUUUUGUUUCUGAUGCUGGAGAAGAAAAAUUAAAUAAUUAAACUAAACUUAAAAGUC